AUGAUUCUGGUGGUUCAGCAAGAAAGAGUUUUAGUUCUCCUUUUCAAAAAAUAUUAUUGUGACAUAUAUCAAAUUGGAUUUCAAAAAUUAUGCGGUUUACAGCGGCAUCGACAGUCAAAGCAACAUAGAGAUACACUGAUAAAAAAUUUUGAUGCUGUUCGCAAAUCAUUAUCAAAUUUACCUCCUUCCCCUGCUCCAAUUCCUAAAAAAGCAACUAAGGAACUUGAGGUCAUUUGUUGCAAUGAAUGUUUGGAGGAAUUUUCAUCAAUAAAAGAUUUUGUUCCACAUCGUCUCAGCCAUUUUAGUGUUCAAAAUAAGUAUUUGGAAAUUGAUGAAUUGAAUCCUUAUGUUUCUGAAAUAUGUAAUGAUGAAAUGGACAGUCACUCAAAUGUACAACAUCAUUUAUUUUGGCACUUACAGUUUAAAACUGUUGAUGAUAAAAUUGCUACAGCAAAGAAGAGUAACUUAAGUACUGUUGAUAAAUUAGGUGGACAACAUGUUGCAAAGAAAUCUUUUAAUUUGCAAAAUUGUGAAUUAUUACAAGAAGUAACUGUUGGUGGUAUUAAAAAGUCUUUAUUUACCUGUGAUUCUUGCAAUAUAGGGUUUACUACAAAAGCUCAUUAUAAUGUACAUGUGCGGAAAUUUUGCAAAAUGAAAAAGAAGAUAACCCAGUUUUCUCUUGAAAAAGCAAAAGGUUUUGUAGAGAAAGAGAUUUUCUUGCACUGCACAGAUGAUGAAAAUAAAGGAGAUUCACAUAUUAAUGGUGGAAAAAGCAUUAACUGCUCUGCAUGUUAUAGUCUAUUUUCAACUAUUGGUAUUUAUGACAAGCACAAAAAGUUUUGUUCUAACUACUAUCAUGAGGUAGAAAAUUUAGAACCAAACAAAGAUAAUGUAGAAUACAUAAGAUCUGCCAUGGAGCUUCAGUGUUCUAUUGCAGGUUGCAUCUCAUGUAAUUAA